UUUAAUGUGUUUAAUUAGAUUAAUCAAGGGUUAGUUUUGGGAUUAUGAAAAAAAUUAUACUAAAAUGACAACUAAAUGAUGGUUUUAUACUAUAGGGACAACCAUGCUGAAUUUUUGUUCCGUUUUGGCAAUUUUCCCAAAAAGAAACAUCAAAACCAUAUAUAAAAGGGAUUCAUGUAGAAUAUCAUAAUCAAUUAUAUCUUUUUCCACUCAGAGCUUUUCCUUGGCUCCAACCCAUGGUAUGCUUGUGACUAUCGUUAUAGCAAAAAAAAAACUUCUAUGCGUCUUUCUGCAUGUUCUACUAGUAGCCCGCUCGUUUUAUAAUUUUAGCAAGUCAUGUCCAAGAUGAUUUCUAGGUACUGAAAAGAAACUGCACUUCAUCAACACAAAAGUUAAUCUCCUUUGUUGAGAUAUAAUCUACUUGAAUGAAACCUUAAGAAAUAUUUUAGGGUUUCUCUACGUCACUCUAUAUAUCUUCCUGCAAUGUAACUUCUCCUCACAAAGAUUCUAGCACCACCUCGGUCGGCUCACGAACUUCCUUGCACGCAGCAUCAAAAAGUGUUGGAGAAAAGUUGUCAUCUCCAAACACUGCAUCUUGUUUGGUGUUGUGUCUUGGAAGUACUCUUAGAAACAAUUUAACUUAUCAUCCAUAGUCUGAAUGAUCCUUUGGUUCAUCGCCUCCAUCAUCUCGUCUAGUUUCUAUAGAAACACUGUCAUGGAGUUGAAUCUUUAGACUUUGAUACCAAGUUGAUAUAAAGCUUAGUUCACACAAGAACUAAACUGAGUAUUUAGGCUAACUUUUCUUUUUAAUCCUUUUCUCUCUUACAGAAUAAGGUUAAUUCUUAUAAGUUAUGGACUAUUAUUAAUCAUAUACGACUUAAUGACAAAAGGAAAACGAUUAAAGCAUAAUAUAAAAAGAAAAACAUCAAAACCAAUGAUAAAAGAAAAAGUCUCCAAAACCCUUAAUGUGAAUAUCAUAAUCAACCCUGUACAUUUCUAACCAUAGUCAUGUAUCAUGAGCUUUAUAGAAAUUCCCAUAGAAGAGAAGUAGCUCGGCCUUCAUGCAUACAUAUUAUAUUGGUUCAACUAAUUGGUUUCUACUUUCAUAAACUAAUAUAUGUAAUUAUGAUAUUUGCUCGGGAAACAACAACAGAAGCUCCAUGUCUCCAUUUGCAGGACCCAAAAAUAAUUCUCAAGGGAAGUUAAAACCCAUACUUGGAGGCUCAUCCGCCUUAGCCGCGUUGAUCAUUGUUGUUGCGGUUGUGGUAAUGGUUAGAGCAAAGAAUGCGAGAAGAAAGCGUGAUUCAAAUUACGAGAAGAUUGAAGCGGUUGUAAUGUUGAAACGAUAUAGUUAUGCAGACGUCAAGAAGAUGACAAACUCAUUCGCCCAUGUUCUUGGAAAAGGAGGAUAUGGAACUGUCUAUAAAGGAAAACUACCCGAUUCGAGCGGACAGGAUAUCGCACUUAAGAUCUUAAAAGACCCAAAAGAGAAUGGGGAAGACUUCAUCAAUGAACUAGCUAGCAUGAGCAUAGCAUCUCAUGUCAACAUCGUCUCUCUCUUUGGAUUCUGCUAUGAAGGUAGCAAGAGAGCUAUCAUCUACGAGUUCAUGCCUAAUGGAUCCCUCGACAAGUUCAUUUCCGAAGAUAUGUCAACGAAGAUGGACUGCAAAACGUUAUACGACAUUGCGUUAGGCGUUGCUCGUGGGUUGGAUUACUUGCACAAGAGUUGUGUAUCAAAGAUUGUGCAUUUCGAUAUAAAGCCACAGAACAUACUCCUAGAUGAAGAUUUGUGCCCGAAGAUUUCGGAUUUUGGUCUUGCUAAGCUCUGCAAGAAAAACGACAGCAUCAUAUCCAUGUUGGACGCGAGAGGAACCGUUGGUUACAUUGCUCCUGAAGUGUUUUCCAAGAGCUACGGAGCAGUUUCGCAUAAGUCUGAUGUAUAUAGUUAUGGAAUGGUGGUGCUUGAGCUGAUUGGUGUGACCAGCAGAGAGAGAGCUGAAAAUUGUAGGUCUAAUAUGAGUUCAAUGUACUUUCCGGAUUGGAUCUAUAAGGAUCUGGAGAGGAAUGAAAAUAUGAGAGUAUUAGGAGAUCAUAUAAUGGAAGAGGAAGAGGAGAUAGUGAAGAAAAUGACGUUAGUGGGUUUGUGGUGUAUUCAGACCAAUCCAUGUGAUCGUCCACCGAUGAAAAAGGUUGUUGAAAUGUUAGAGGGAGGUGUAGAAGCUCUAGUGGUUCCACCUAAGCCACUCCUUACUCCAGCCAUAAUGGCUUGGGAAACUGUUGAAGAGAGUGAAAGACUUCUAGUCUUUUGACACUAGGACACUCAGAAAGAUUUUAAAAUCUUUAAAGAGUUCACAAAAAGUAAACACUCGAUCUUUUUUAUUUUAUACAAACAUAAGAAUUCAACUGAAGGUAGUCAAAGAAAAAAAAAAGAGUGUCAAAAAUCAGUAUUCAACAGUUUUAAA